AUGGAGUCGGACUCUGACUCGGACGUCCCGCUGGCGAUCCCAAUCGGCGCAGAGCCCCCCGCGCCAGCGCACCCACGGGCGGCUGAAGCGGCGCGCGUCGAUCUAUCGCGGCUGUCGGUGGACGCGGACGGCGCGGCAAGUACUGGGACGGCCGCUGCUGCUGCGCCGGCGGCACAAGGGGCCGGCGUGCAGCGGGACGGCCCUGUGCCCGUCACUGUCAUCACAGGCUACCUGGGUGCGGGCAAGACCACGCUGGUCAACUACAUUCUCACCGCCGACCACGGCCUGAAGAUUGCCGUCAUCAUGAACGAGUACGGCCAGGAGCAGGGCAUCGAGUCCGCCAUCGUGGAGGCGCAGGCGCCCUCGGGACGCACCACGACAGGCGCUGAGGAGUGGGUGGAGGUCGCGAACGGGUGCCUGUGCUGCUCGGUGAAGAACGACUUCGUGAUGGCGCUGGAGGCGCUCCUCGACAAGCCCGGCGCGUCCUUCGACUACAUCGUGAUCGAAACGACCGGCCUCGCGAACCCGGGACCCGUCGCGACGGCGCUGUGGACCGACCCGGAGCUCGAGGCGCGCAUCGCUCUUGACGGCGUCAUCACCGUCGCCGACGCCCGCAACCUGGUCCGGCAGCUGUCGGGGCACGGUGCGCAGGGCGGCGAGGUGAACGAGGCGCAGCAGCAGGUAGCGUACGCCGACGUCGUCCUGCUGAACAAGUGCGACCUCGUGUCGGGCGACGCCGAGGUGCAGGAGCUCACCGCGGCCAUCCGCGCCAUCAACGCCGGCGUGGAGGUGAUUCCGACGGUGCGCUCGAAGGUGGACCUGCGCCACGUCCUGCGCCUGAAGUCCUACGACGAGGCCACGUACGAGCCGCGGGGCCCGCCCGCGCACGGGCACGGCACCGCCGCGUGCCCGGAGCACGGGGCGGCGUGCGGCGGGUGCGCGCACAACCCGCAGGUGACGACGGUGAGCCUGGCGACGGACGCGCCGCUCGACAAGGCGCGCUUCCAGGACUGGCUGGACGCGAAGCUGUGGGAGCGUGACGGCAGCAAGGACGACAUCUACCGAAUGAAGGGGGUGUUAUUCGUGGACGGGCAGGCGCGGAAGGGGGUGUUUCAGGCGGUGCACGAACUGUACGACAUCGUCGAGGGCGGGGAGUGGGGGGACGGGGAGGUGCCGCGGACGCGUGUGGUCGUGAUCGGACGCAACCUGGACCGCGCACGCCUGCAGGCCGGCCUGGACGCGUGCGCGCGCGCCGGCUCGUGA